AUGAAUUCUACCGGGUUCAACCAGACGGACGGCGGGCUGUUCAACAAGACGGAGGACUUCUUCUGCUGCAACUUCUCCUCCGUGGUGACCGACAACGGCUUCGUGGCCGCCGCCGCGCCGGACGAGCGGAGCCUGUUCAUCAUGCGGGCGGUGCAGAUCGCCGUCAUGUGCGUGCUGUCCCUCACCGUGGUGUUCGGCAUCUUCUUCCUGGGCUGCAACCUGCUCAUCAAGUCCGAGGGGAUGAUCAACUUCCUGGUGACGGACAGGAGACCCUCCAAGGAAGUGGAGGCGGUCAUCGUUGGAGCGUACUGA